ACAUUAAUGCUUGAGAAGUACUAGUCUAGACAAACAUGGUUAAACAUUUUAUAGAAAAAAGAGAUGGUUAAAUAAAGGAGGAAAUACUAUCUGAUAAAAGCACUUUGGUCCAAAGAUUUGUUGGUGUUGAUAAACUUGCUCCUAUCCACUUAAGCCAGGUUUGAAGUAAAAACUUAAUAGGCCCAUUCUGAAAUGACUUUUACCAGCUCCAGUGUCCUCAUGGUUGACUGAGCUCCCACAAAUGGUUGCUGACUUUGUUUGUGUCCCCAGGUGAGCAGAAAUGAGUGAACAAGCAGAAAAGAGCAGUUCCGUGCGAGAGAGACCUAAACGUCAAAGUUCUCCUGAGAAACCAAGUGAGAUGGAACUGAAGAAAAUGAAACGGGUGGAUCGGCAGUUAAAACGGUUGUCAUUUCAAAAUCCUGGGCCUCAGGUAGCCAACUUUAAUCCUGAAAUAAGGCAGCAGAUCAAGAAAGGGCAAAUGGCAAAGAAGAAUGAGUUUGUUUCUGUAAAACGCGAAGUCAACAAGUAUGACAAAAAGGGCAGGCUCACCUUCAAUGAGGCUGACCUGUGUGACUGCCUUGAUGAAGACUGCCUGGGUUGCUUCUACCCGUGCCCCAAGUGUAACUCCACCAAGUGCGGGCCCACUUGCCGCUGCAACCGCCGCUGGGCCUACGACACCAUAGUCAAUGAGAAUGGGGAGGUCAUCAGCAAGAUGCCAUUCGACCUCUCCGACUAGGUGCAGCCCUCCAGGCUGAUCAAUUUUCUCUGCUUUGCAGUUAAACCAGCCUCUUUCUCCUGGGUGAAUUUUAGGACUGGGGGAAAAAAGUUUUAAAAAUAUAGUUUAGACUAGUGUUCUCUGAAGCCGUAGAACCCUGUGUAAUACACUGUCCUUUAACCUUCCUGCUGUGAUGACUCAGAUUCCUCCUCUGGUAACCAGCAACUCCAUUGCUACUCUGCUCUCAGAUUAAGAAUCC